UCCAUGCAUUCACUACAUUUGUGGGAGAUCGUCGCAAUUUUUGACAAUUGAAGCGUCAAGAGCCGGUUUCAUCACACUCCUCCUUCCCUCCCCCCCCAACCCACCCAAUUACCCUCCCAGCGCAGCAGCCAGGUGGAAGUUCCCGGCCUAUUUCCGGUGGAAGGCCCAAAGCCACGAGCGGAGAUAAAACAUCGGCGGCGGCGGAGGCCUGAGGCAGCGAGAGGGAUGAGAGGAGGCGGUUCUGCGGCCUGGGCUGCUGAGCGCAGGGACAGACACAGCCGGAGCCAGCAGCAGCAGCAGCAGCAAUUUUAAAGCAGGCUUCCAGCCCGGGCGAUGGCUCUGUGCGGGGCGUCAGCGACCGUGGCCGAGGUUCUGCCGUGCGAAGUCAUCGUUCACAUCUUCUCCUUUCUGUCCCCCUGGGACCGGCUCCGGGCCUCGUCUGUCUGCUCCAGGUGGCGAGAGUGCCUCUUCUACCCGUCCCUGUGGCCCGAGCUGCGGCUCCGCCUGCGCGGCUCGGACGCCGAGCGCUGCCGCCUCGACUUCCUAAUGAAGAAGUGCGGCUCGUUCGUGCGGGAGCUGCGGGUGGAGUUUGAGGGCAGCGGCUCCGAGAGCGCAGCGGAGUUGGGUACCGGGGAGCUGGUCACCCUCAAGGCCUACGUGGAUGAGAUGGUGUGUGUCUUGAGGAGCGUCCGGACCAAUCGUAAUCUGCAGAAGCUGAGCGUUUUCGGAGACAUCUACCUGCAGGAGCAGGGGGAGAAGCAGCCAUACGAGAUGGACGAGACAGAUGAGAAACAUUCUGUGAAUAUCAUGAGUAGAAAACAUAGAAUCCAACAAUUGAUUGAAGAGGUAUUGGGAAAUUCCAAACAUCUGAAAUGGCUCUCUCUUGGGUUUAUGAUGGAGGUAGUAACUCCCACAACAUUAGCAGCCUUGCCUCAGUCCAGUGCCAACUGCAUUGAACACCUGAGUCUCCUGGAUACCCAUUUUAUUAAUAAAUCCCCAGUUGUUGAGGCAGUUGAGCUGGAGCGCUUUUUAAACCUGCGAUCGCUUGCAUUGGAUUUCUGCGAUUUUACUGCUGACGUGACACGAGUACUCGCCAACAGCAACCAUGUGCCUUUGCAUAGGUUGUCUCUCUUGAUGUCCAACAUACAUGCUUUAGAUAACAUGCCACAAGAUGCAGAUUGGAAGGUGCUUACCAGGCACUGUGCAAAUCUUCAUGUUUACAUCAUGGCUUUUAAUGUCAGGAAUGACAUUUUACUAAGAAUUCUGAAGCCGAGCAUACCUUUAGAGAGAAUUCACUUUGACAGCUCAACUAAUGGUAUUUCAGGUGAUGUGGUAGAUCUCAUAACCCAGCAGUAUAACAAAUCCCUUACCCACCUCCUCCUCAUAAAGGAUGUAGAGCAAGGCAUCAAUGGUUUUCCAGAUGUCGGCAGCGACAGAAAUGAAGACCCCAUGGUAAUUUUGGCAUGGAAGUGUAGAAAACUGUCUCACCUCUCAAUCCAUGGGUAUGUUGUUUGGGCCCACAAUCUCAUUGCAAUCGCUCGGCUUCGUGGACCAGGACUGCAAGUCCUGGAAGUCACUGAGGAAAGCAUUAAUUUUGAUGCUGCGAUGACUCCCCUGGAUGGGGAUCCUAUGCAUAAUCUCAUUGAAGAAGUAUCCUUAGGUUUGGGAAAACGGUGGCAUCCAGUAAUGAAAAAUGAAAUUCUUUAUGUUUUCAGUGAGACUGCUCGUUAUUUUUACAAGGAGAUGCAGCGCUUCAGUGAAGGCAUUUAGCAUUUCAAAACUUGUGUAUUAGAGGGCCCUGCAUUUUCAAUAAUUUAACAUUUACAUGUGCUGUUAAUUAGUAUUAGUUUAUAUAUAAAGUGUGUAUCCUGCUUAAUCUGUAAAUGUAGUUGGUAUUGGUUUAGAAGUAGAUGUGGCAAGAGUCACUGGAUUUUCUCUGUCAGCGCCUGUGUCAACUGCCAAAGAAAACAGAAUGAAGAAGUGCCCACAUGCUGGCAGGGGCAGGCCAAUGGCUGGUCAGCCAGAACCUACGAGUUUAAAAGGUCGAAUUUUCGACCUGCGGUACACAGCUGUGCUGUGGCUCAGUCAACAACUUUACAGCUCUUAAACGAACGUGCACCUGGUUCACUGUGAAUAGUGAAUACAAAAAAUCAGUUCUAACAAAGCUAUGAGCUGCUGCUAUGAUUUUGAGAACAUUCCACUAGGAUAACUUAAAUCUUGUUAAAGCAAGAGGCUUUAAAAGCCGCAAUGUUCAGGGCAACCGCGGGUACAGUCGUGGUCUCUGUGAGACUAGCACCUGACCCCAGUUUUAAGUGGUACGAAUGUUGUGCAUUUAAUGUAAGGACAGCCAGUAUUACUCAGUGUGGCCAUCAUGCUGCCCAGCAGUGCUGUGACCUGGCUGCUUUGUAUAAGCUUGUAAAACAAAUUUACUGUAUGCAACAUAUGUCAAGAUUCUAUUUAUGAAGAAAGUGUGAGUGGUGAUUGUUUCAAAUGGUUUUACCAUCUUGUGUCAAUGAUGCGUUUUGACAGGUGUGCAUUAUGUUGCAUGUCUCCAGUGAUUAAUGCACUUACCAUGCGGAUUUUAUAUGUACAUCUGUAGAGUGGAUCCACUGGUGCAAUGUAUGAAAAUGCCAGAUGUGGUGAGAUUUUAUCAUUGAAUGAGAUCAUAUGAAAUACUGACAGAAAAUGUGAGGAAAGCAGUUGAAUGUUAAAUUAAUGUUUAAGUUUGUGACUGUUUAUUGUUUAAUCUAUCAAUAAAGCAUUCAAAUUACUUAA